AUGGGUGUCGGUGUUAAAGGUGGCUGCGAAGCCACUGUCCACGCCGUGAGGGAUUUUACAGAGUUUUCACACUCUGCUUAUAACGACUGUAUUCUUGCUAAAUUGGACAUGAAAAAUGCCUUUAAUUGCAUCGACCGCUCAUGCUUCCUUAAAGAAUGCAGCAAACAUAACAUUCCAUUACUCCCGAUGGCCAGCAUGUGCUACGGUUCCACACCUGAACUAAUGAUAGACGGACACACGAUCUUAUCCUCCUCUGGGGUGCAACAAGGUGACCCCCUUGGUCCAUUACUCUUCUCCAUGGGCGUUAACCCAACAGCACACGCCGUAAAAUCACCGCUCAACGUUUGGUAUCUGGAUGACAUUACCAUUGGUGGUCCUGCUCACCAAGUCAUCUUGGAUAUCAAAUCAUUCGCUGUAAGUCUGAACAAAAUUGGAUUACAGUUGAACCCUUCAAAAUGUGAGAUCAUAAACCUCAACGCCAACGAGGAAGAUUUCGCGACUAUAGUGGAAAAAUAUCACUCAGUCUUACCGGGUGGCAUUAUAACCAGGAAAGGGUCGCUUGAAGUCUUAGGAUCUCCCAUUUUCCCGGAAGGAAUCGAGAAAAUACUGUCCGGAAAAUUAUCCACUUUUGAGUUUAUGUCAAGCAGGCUAUCCAUCCUGGACGCUCACGAAGGGUUUUUCUUGUUGAAAAACUUCAUAUCACUUCCCAAGCUACAACACGUUCUCCGCUCUGCCCCCUGCUUUAUAAACCCUGAACUUCUCAAAGAACUGGAAACAGGGCUGAAACACAGUGCCGAAAAUCUCUGCAACAUUCGUUUUGACGAAGCCUCGUGGACCCAAGCCACGCUUCCAAUACGAUUCGGAGGCAUUGGUCUCCGCUCCCCAGCAGAUAUUGCAUUACCCGCUUUCCUCUCUUCUCGAUUGUCGUGUGACUCACUGAUGUUGGGACGACCUGUAUUCUAUGUCAAUUUACCACCACUUGGAAGAGGUCUCUGA